UGACUUCUCCGGCGGUUUGGCUUCUGAGUUCGGGUUAGGGAGUUGUGCUCUUUGAAAAGCUGCAGAGACAACCGAAAAAAGCCUGGGGUCUGACAUCGUGGGGAGCAUUUGACUGGCGGAGGGCGAGAGCUGUGGACGUGGGGGCUCAGAGGAGGACGGGGGGUCGGCGUCCUAGAUGAAUGGUCUCCGUGGCUUCGCUUCUAGAACAAGGACCCUAGAAAAAGGAUUCCAAGUUCUCCAGUCGGCUUUGAGGACGUGUGUGGGCUUUGUUAUGGUCCGGUUUCUAGUUCUGUUCUCCUGACCUGCAAAGUUCGUUGUUUUUAUUUUCAUUAAAGGGAGAAGUAACGUUGAUUCCCUCAGGGAUGUACUGCGUGAAGCAAUUCAGCCUUCACUUUUACUGCUGGAGAAUGAGCUCUUUGAGUGUAACAUAGCAGCUUAUUCGGCAGGAGAAACAGGCCUUAUUUUAAAGUGGAGCAGAGGGUUUCUUGGGAUUGCCUUUGCUCACCUUUGCGUUAACCUUUUGGCUGCUGCUUUUUGCAAAGAUGAGCACCCGUCCUUUCUCCACUCCCUUCGACCGGGAGCGGCGAGUCCGGAGCACCCUGAAGAAAGUCUUUGGCUUUGAUUCUUUUAAAACACCUUUACAAGAGAGUGCGACCAUGGCUGUAGUGAAAGGUGAUAAGGAUGUGUUUGUGUGCAUGCCCACAGGGGCAGGGAAAUCUCUGUGCUUUCAGCUCCCCGCCCUAUUGGCCAAUGGGAUCACCAUUGUAGUCUCUCCUCUCAUCGCCUUGAUUCAGGACCAGGUAGACCACUUGCUGGCCUUGAAGGUACAAGUUAGUUCCCUGAACGCAAAGCUCUCGGUACAGGAGAGGAAAGAGCUGCUGUCUGACCUGGAGCGAGACAAACCUCGGACCAAACUUUUGUACAUCACCCCGGAGAUGGCAGCUUCAGCUUCCUUCCAGCCCACCCUGAAUUCCCUCGUGUCCCGAAACCUGCUUUCCUACUUGGUGGUGGAUGAAGCUCAUUGUGUUUCCCAGUGGGGACAUGACUUCCGUCCUGACUAUUUGCGUCUGGGUGCCCUACGUUCCCGCUUGGCACAUUGCCCAUGCGUGGCUCUGACAGCUACAGCCACCCCACAAGUUCAAGAGGAUGUGUUUGCUGCCCUGCACUUGAAGCAACCAGUGGCCUCUUUCAAGACUCCCUGCUUCCGGGCCAACCUCUUCUAUGAUGUGCAGUUCAAGGAACUGAUUCCCGAUGUCUAUGGCAAUCUGAGGGACUUCUGCCUUAAGGCUCUUGGACAGAAAGCUGAUAACGGGUCAUCCUCUGGCUGUGGCAUUGUCUACUGCAGGACUAGAGAAGCUUGUGAACAACUGGCCAUUGAGCUCAGCAGCAGGGGUGUGAGUGCCAAGGCUUACCAUGCAGGCCUGAAGGCGUCUGAUAGAACACAGAUACAGAACGAGUGGAUGGAGGAGAAGGUCCCUGUAAUUGUUGCGACCAUCAGUUUUGGGAUGGGAGUGGACAAAGCUAAUGUCCGGUUUGUUGCUCAUUGGAAUAUUGCCAAGUCCAUGGCUGGCUACUACCAGGAGUCUGGCCGUGCUGGCAGGGAUGGCAAACCAUCUUGGUGCCGCCUGUAUUACUCUAGGAAUGACCGAGACCAAGUCAGCUUCCUUAUCAGGAAGGAACUAGCCAAACUCCAGGAAAAGAGGGGGAACAAACCGUCUGAUAAGGCCACCCUGCUGGCCUUUGAUGCCCUGGUGACCUUCUGUGAAGAAGUGGGGUGCCGCCAUGCUGCCAUUGCUAAGUACUUUGGGGAUGCAGCACCCGCCUGCGCCAAAGGCUGUGACUACUGCCAGAGUCCUGCAGCCACAAGGAAGAAGCUGGAUGCCCUGGAGCGCAGCAGCAGCUGGAGCAAGACCUGCAUCGGGCCGUCGCAGGGGAAUGGCUUCGAUCCUGAGCUGUAUGAGGGAGGCCGCAGGGGCUAUGGGGGCUUCAGCAGGUAUGAUGAAGGUUCUGGAGGGAGCGGUGAUGAGGGCAGAGAUGAGGCCCACAAGAAGGAAUGGAAUCUUUUCUAUCAGAAGCAGAUGAGCCUGCGCAAGGGCAAAGAGCCCAAGAUAGAAGAAUUCAUGCCCCCAGAUGAAGACUGUCCCCUGAGAGAGGCUUCAAGCAGGAGGAUCCCUAAGCUCACAGUGAAGGCCCGUGAGCACUGCCUGAGACUUCUGGAGGAGGCUCUGAUCAGUAACCACCAGGCCGCAGGGGCCACUCAUGGAGCUGACCUGCAGGCCAAGGCUGUGGAACUGGAGCAUGAGACAUUCCGGAAUGCCAAGAUGGUCAAUCUGUACAAGGCCAGUGUCCUGAAGAAGGUGGCUGAGAUCCACAAAGCCUCCAAGGAUGGUCAGCUCUAUGACAUGGAAAGCGGCUCCAAGAGCUGUGGGGCCGCAGCUGAGCUCUCAGAGCCCAGUGACUAUGACAUCCCGCCAGCCUCACAUGUGUACUCGCUCAAACCCAAGAGAGUAGGAGCUGGCUUCUCCAAAGGCCCCUGCCCAUUCCAGACAGCCACAGAACUGUUGGGGAAGUCUCAUUCCCAGAAGCAAGCCCCAGAGGCUGUGCUGGAGGGUGGGCAGGAGCCCCCAGGCUGGGUCUGUGACCUUCAAGAUGAAGACCGGAGCAAGCCCCACCGUGGGGACCAAGAAGAGGCUCCAGGAAGCAGUGUUAAUUGUGGGGACCCCUCUCCUGAGAAGAAGACAAAAGGGUCUUCCCAGGGCAGUGCCAAGGCUAGAGCCAGCAAGAAGCAGCAGCUCCUAGCCACAGCAGCCCGCAAGGAUUCCCAGAGUAUCACUCGAUUCCUCUGUCAAAGAACAGAAUGUCCACCUCUCCCUGCUGCAGUUCCCAGAUCAGAAGAUGCCAGCCCCUCCUGUGGAGAUGUCCCAGGGAAGUGCACAGAAGAGGUUGGAGUCCAGGGACAUUUGGUUGCUGUAUUUCACACUGAGUGUCCCAGGGAGAGGCCAAGCACCUGUUCACUCAGAGACCAGAGCUUCCCUGAAGGUCAGCCCAGCCCUCUAAAGGAAACCCAGGCAGAGAAGCGGCCCAGACCACAGCAGGGCAACCCAGAGAGGAGGGCUCAAAAGAGGCUCCGCCCCCAACCCAGCACUGAGAACAAAGUGGCCGGAGAACCCUGCCAGCUCUCAGCAUCUGGGCCCUCCCUGAAGGAGGCUGCAGCCAUUGUGGUCAGGCACCUGACCCCCUUCUACCAGGAGGGCAGGUUUCUAUCCAAGGACCUGUUUAAGGGCUUUGCCCGCCACCUCUCACAUUUGCUGGCUCAGCAGCUCUCUCCUGGAAGGAGUGUAAAGGAAGAGGCCCAGAGCCUCAUCAAGCAGUUCUUCCACAACCGUGCCCGCUGUGAGAAUGAAGCUGACUGGCAGGGCCUGCGCGCUCCACGGCGAUGACUGCCGCUGGCUGGGCAGGCCUCCAUGCCACAGGCACCAGCUUUCUCAGGGUCUUUCUCCCAUACUCAAACCUCACUUUGGAGGUGUCACUAGACACCCAAACAAAGUGGAAGGUCAGAGGUCAGCCCACCCUCCCAUUUAAAUCCCUGCUUCUCCUGGCCUUCCUGGACAGAUCCCCAGAUUAGAAGGUCCAGAUAAUAUGGCUGCUGCCAGGUGGGGGUGGGGUAGGGGGACCAGUGGGCUUCCUGUCUUGUACCUAAGUUCUCUACCAGGGUGAGGCCCAUCCCAGUCCUCCACUGCCCUCUUCCAGGAGAUGCCAGGCAGUAGUAGGCCUUGUCCUAGCAGAGCUCUCUGGGAGAGAAGCAGCCGUUCUCCAGGCACUGAGCUCUGCUGGUCAGGAAUGCCAGGCCAGGCACGAGUGAGAUGUUUGCGAGAAUAAAGUCCCCCUGUGGGGACACAGGGACACAUGCUCACACACAAUCUUUUCUUGGGUGUUUUACUUGUGCAGCUUUGGAGCUGGGUGGGCAUUUUCCCUGGAGCCAGCAAACGCCCACGCCCAGUUCCACAGCCCCAACUCCUGUUGCAGUCCACCUCAGAGAGAAUGUGGCUCCUUAUUCUCCCGGGUGACGUCACAACUCUGCCUUAUGGCCUCCACGUGGAGCGGUUGUGCUGCAGUUUCAGAGCAGGACCAAAGCAGACUGCCCGGUGAGAGGCCGCUGCCUUAUCUCCACUCUCCUCAGAGGAGACCUGGCCACUGAGUGGACAU